AUGAGCACACUCCUGCGGCUGCUGCUGGGCCUCAGCCUGGGCUGCACCGGAGCAGGUGGCUUCGUGGCCCACGUGGAAAGCUCCUGUCUGCUGGACGAUGAUGGGAAUCCACAGGAUUUCUCUUAUUGUAUCUCCUUCAACAAGGAUUUGUUGACCUGCUGGGAUCCACAGAAGGGAGCAAUGGUUCCUCUUGAAUUCGGGAUGCUGAAUCGCUUGGCCUCUCAACUCUCAGAUAUCCUCAACAACCAGGAAAUCCUGCGCCAGCGCUUGUCUGUGGGGCUCCAGGAGUGUGCCAAACACACACAGCCCUUUUGGGGAUCCCUGACCCAAAGGACACGGCCUCCAUCUGUGCAGGUAGCCAAAGCCACACCUUUCAACACCAGGGAGCCCGUGAUGCUGGCCUGCUACGUGUGGGGCUUCUACCCGGCCAACGUGACCGUCACGUGGAUGAGGAACGGGCAGCUUGUCCCCCCUCACGGCAGCGCCCAUAAGAUUGUCCAGCCCAAUGGAGACUGGACCUACCAGACCGUCUCCCAUUUAGCCACAGCGCCCUCUUUCGGGGACACCUACACCUGUGUGGUGGAACACUUUGGGACUCCUGAGCUCAUCCUUCAGGACUGGACACCUGGACUGUCCCCGGAGCAGACAGUGAAGGUUUCUCUGUCUGUGGUGGUCCUGGUCCUGGGCCUCAUCAUCUUCUCCCUGGGUUUGCUCAGCUGGCGGAGAGCUGGUCCCACUGGUGGCUAUACUGUCCUCGCUGGGUCCACUUAUCCAGAAGGUCGGCACAUUUCCUAA